UGACUGCAGAGGUGCUGGAUGCAGAGGGGGUCACCCGGGUUCCAGCUGGAACCGGAUUCAGCGCCUCAUCCUGUUAAAAUCUGUGCCACAGUAAAGACAGCAACUAGAUAUUUACCAGGUGUUUCUGACACGCUGUGUUGCUAAUGUGWCAGAGUGUCUCUUUGAUCUUAGCGGGAGUAAACAAACCAUGCUGCCUGAUAAAGAUGGUCCAGGUGUUGGAGGACAGAGCUCACCUGAAGGAGAGGACCCCUCUGUGAGUCUGUUCAGAGAAUACCUCCGACUCAGAACUGUCCAUCCUGAGCCUGACUACGAUGCUGCUSUCAGAUUCUUGGACAGAAUUGCAGAGGAGCUUGAGCUACCAAUGAAAAAGAUUGAGGUUUGUCCAAGUCGAGUUGUGUCAAUCAUGACAUGGGAAGGAACGAAACCCACAUUAAAAUCCAUCCUACUGAAUUCCCACACAGACGUUGUACCUGUUUACCAGGAACACUGGAAACAUGAUGCUUUCGGUGCUUUCAAAGAUCCAGAUGGCAACAUUUACGGCCGUGGAUCACAGGACAUGAAAUCUGUAACUAUUCAGUACAUCCAGGCAGUCCGAAGACUAAAGAAAGGAGGAUGGAAACCCACUCGCACUGUGCAUUUAAUGUUUGUUCCUGAUGAGGAAGUUGGAGGUCACAAAGGAAUGGAAACAUUUGUGACACAUCCAGAGUUUCAAAAAUUAAACAUUGGCUUUGCUCUGGAUGAAGGUCUGGCUAACCCUGGUCAUCCAUUCACGGUGUUUUAUGGAGAAAGGAACCCCUGGUGGAUUACGAUCCACUGCCCAGGAUGUCCAGGUCAUGGCUCCAGGUUUGUGGAAAAUACUGCUGCUGAGAAACUGCGGACUAUCAUAAACUCUUUUAUGGACUUUAGAGAGAAGGAGAAGCACCGGCUGAACACCAGUGAGUGUUUCACACUUGGUGAUGUCACCACAGUGAACAUGACUAUGGUCAAAGGGGGUGUGGCCUACAACGUCAUCCCAGCUGAAAUGGAUGUCAGCUUUGAUCUCAGAAUACCUCCUACAGUAAACCUCCAGGAGUUUGAAGAACAGAUCAAGCGGUGGUGUAAGGAAGCAGGAGAGGGUGUCASAUAUCAGUUUGCUCAGAAACACAUGAACCAGAACGUCACAUCAACAGAUGUGAACGAUCCCUGGUGGAGYGCCUUCAGUGCUGCCUGCAAGUCUAUGAGCAUGACUUUGGUAAAGGAGAUAUUUCCUGCUGCCACCGACAGUCGUUUCAUCCGAGCGCUGGGUAUCCCUGCCAUCGGCUUCUCCCCGAUGAACCGAACUCCGAUUCUGCUGCACGAUCAUAACGAGUAUCUGAAUGAACAAGUCUUCCUGAAAGGCAUCAGCGUGUACGAGAGGCUCAUCCCAGCUUUAACCAACGUUCCUGCCUUACCUGGAGAGGCUUAGAUGAGCUUAAUCCUCACGGAUUUAUGUUUUGCUCAAGAUAGGAAUAUUUAAUUUGAGGAGUUUGCUGAGAUUACCAAAGAAUAACAUGUAUGUUUGAAGCCAGAGUGAGCACUUUACCCUUUGGUGCUGGUCAUUUUUAACAAUUCUCAGGUUUUAGGCACAUCUCAGUCAGUUUUACAUCAUAUUGUAGCAAGUUUUAACAAUUUAUUAUCUGUAAAAGAAAAAAAAACAUGAUAGUUCAUGCUUAUUUCAUCUCAAACGAAUAUCAUUCAAUAUGUAAAUCUCAACUUAUAGUUGGAUAUAAAUACCAAUCACCUCUUAUGAUAAAUAUCACAAGUUUGAUGAAUUUUAGAUGCAUAUUUCACAUUUAGAAGCUUAUUUAAUAAAAUGUAAAAUAAAUUAUUAUAUUUAUUCCUGA